AUGCUGAAGCCCAAGCGGAUCAGAGAAAUUCAAGGUUCGAUAUCCCAACCGAAGGCGGCAACGAACCCGCUGGAUGGAAUCAACGCGAUCAUCAAGCUACUACAUGGCGUUGGAUACGUCGCUGGGGUGUUCGAUGUGAACAAGCUGCUUUAG